UAUAGAAUUGCUAUUAUGUUAUUGGUGUCUUUUGUUGGGAUAUUUGUAGAAGUUGAUGAAGCUGUGGAACCACCCUUAAAACAAGAAGAGAAUUUAACACUUUCAACUCUGGACAACUUGGACCCAAAUGAAUUCAAUGAGAACCAAGACAGUUGCGAUACAAAUUCACUGGGUAAAGGGAAGGUUCUCUCUGAUAUGAAUGAUACAGCAGAUACAAGUUCACUCGGGAGUUGGAAAGAUGGGGCGGAAAAUGAUUGGUCAGAACAUGUUACCGAGGCCUUGACAAGCGAAACAGUUGGAUCACCAGCAGUGCCUGUUGAGAGCCCGAGGGUGCAGAUGUCGUGGGCUGACAUGGCAGAGGAAGAUGAACUUGAGGAGUAUGAAGAGACUCAAGUAAGUUUGCAGACAGUUAAUGGGCAUGCUCUGUCCAGAGAGGAAUCAGUGGCAGUGAAGGUUCGGCAGAGGGAGUACAUUCGGUUCAGUAGUGUGGAUAGGAAGAAGGAUUUUAUUUGUUUGGAGAGAGUUCAGGGAAAAAUUGUUAACAUCCUAAAGGGGCUGGAGCUUCACACUGGUGUUUUCAAUGAUGCAGAGCAGAAGAAGAUUGUUGAUUAUGUGUACAAGCUUCAGGAGAUGGGAAAGAAAGGUGAAUUGAAAGGUCAGUCCAUUCAUCCCACUGUUAGUCCCCACAAACUUUGAUGUAAUGCUGGUAAAAGUUCUUGUAGUUUCUUUUAUCUUGUUGCUUUCUGUAAUUUAAUCUUUCGUUAAUCUUGUUUAUUUAUCAAAAAAAAAAAAAAAAUCUUUUGUUAAUCUUGUGUUAG